AUGGAUCUACAUCCCUUGGGUAACUUUUUUCCAAAUUUGCAUUCAUUACUCUUCCUUAUUUUUUUAAUAGCUGACAGGAGGGAAGGAAUUGGUGUCUGUGGCUGGAUCCUGGUUUCUGUUUCAUUCCUUCUGGUGUUUAUUACCUUUCCUGUUUCCAUCUGGGCAUGUAUCAAGGUUACCAGGGAAUAUGAACGUGCUGUUGUAUUUCGGCUGGGACGUAUACUGUCUAAGAAAGCAAAGGGACCAGGUUUGAUCCUCAUACUUCCGUGUACAGAUACAUUUAUCAAAGUUGAUCUUAGAAUGGUUACCUGUAACAUUCCUCCACAAGAGAUUCUCACAAAAGAUGCUGUUACUACCCAAGUCGAUGGAGUGGUGUACUACAGGAUCCACAGUGCUGUCAGUGCCGUUGCCAACGUCACUGAUGUCCACUCAGCUACCUUCCUCUUGGCACAGACAACCCUGAGAAAUGUUCUGGGUACACAGAGCUUGGCUCAGAUCCUGGCAGGUCGUGAGGAAAUUGCUCACAGUAUCCAGGCUAUCCUCGACAGUGCCACAGAGCAGUGGGGAAUCAAAGUGGCCCGUGUGGAGAUCAAAGAUGUCAGGAUUCCUGUGGCCAUGCAGAGGGCAAUGGCAGCUGAAGCAGAGGCUGCUCGAGAGGCAAGAGCUAAGGUUGUGGCAGCAGAGGGAGAAAUGAAUGCUUCUAAAGCCCUCAAAGAGGCUUCCAUGGUACUGGCUGAGUCUCCGGCGGGUCUGCAGCUGCGCUACCUGCAAACAUUAACAACCUUGGCAGCAGAGAAUAAUUCCACCAUUGUCUUCCCUCUCCCUAUAAAUAUGCUUGAGAGUUUGGGGCAGAAAAAUAAAGGAGGAUAG